AUGUGGAUUACGCAACUGGUUGUUUUCGCGUUCAUUUCGCAAUCAGCCGCCUUUGAGGUGGAAUUACAGGCCGUGAGCCGGAAAUUGAGACCCAAGAGGGGUAAGUUUACCUGUUUACGCAUGCUCCGCUGAGCUCGUGAUGAACUGCGGAGGGUGGGGAAUUCAUUUUAAAGCAGCUUGAGGUCUUUGAAAUGAAUAGGAAAAGGGGGAAAAAUUUUGCGUGAAGGUGGAUUCGAGCUUGCGAUGUGCUGAGUGGAAGUCCAAUGCAUUACCGAUUACGCUAUUCGGACACAUGUUGGUUUUUGGAAGAAAAAUAGGUGCAAAAUGCUAUGUGGGGUUUAAAAUACGGAUCGUAAAAACUAGAUUUCAUUUUUUCAAAUAUCAAAAUUCUUGAAAUUUUUUUUAUUUUUAGACAAGAUCAACUAUUUUGUUAGAGUAGGCAAAAUUCAGAAGACUGAAAUAGAAAUUCCAAACCAGCCUUACUUAACAGAACCGUAUUUUACCUUCUAAAAAAACAUUUGCAGAAAGGUGGAUUCGAACCCGCGACAUUUUGAGUCAAAGGUCCACCAUCAUACCGACUGCGCCAUUCAGACACAUCACUCCUUUUUGGUGGGAAAUCUACAAAAAAUCCUUUUUUAUAUCUAGAACACUAUUUUUUAAUAUCUAAAGUCAUCAAAAUGCUGUCAAAAACCGCCAAAACCGCUGUGCAAACGACAGAUAUCCCGUAAAAUCAAAAAAAAAAAAAUCAAUGUUACAGGCUCAGAAAGCGGUCAAAAUGCAUUUUCAUCGCUUCUUCAAAACAACUACAAUGUCCGUUACAUUGGUAAAAUCCAAGUCGGAACUCCUCCGCAAUCAGUGCAACUGAUUUUCGACACCGGUUCAAGUGUUGUCUGGGUCCCCGAGCACGGCUGCAGAAGCAGUGGGAAGCCGCAUAUCGCCUGUAAAUACAAGGAGAAGACUUACUCACCGGAGAAAUCAAAGACUUCGGUGUUGGUGAUGAAACAUGGGCUGAAUGUGUCGUAUUCCACUGGAAAAGCAAACGGCGAUAUGCGAAGGGACACGUUGUGGGUGAGUGAAUGAUGAUAUUAGUAUUAUAUCUUUAUAAUGUUCGUAGACAUUUUUCUCUUCGCACAGUGCAUUUUGAACGUUUUCCCACACUUGUCACGAACGCACAAAGUUGGCGGCAAGUUCUCUUUUCGCACAGUGCAAUCCUCAAAAAGUGGCCGUUUGCACUGUGCAGAAUUUUCUGGCGACGGAGUUGGAAAAAGUGCACUGUGCGAAGACAAACCAAGAAUUGAAAUGCACGGUACAAGAAGAAAGUUUUUGUGCACGGUGCGGGUGCGACAAGCUGUCGAUGCACUUAAUGAAAAUGCGAAUAUGCAAAUUUUGACGAGGCUUGGCACAAAUUUGGAAUGUUUUUUUUGACUAGAACAUGUAGCAAUCCUAAAUAUAAUAAUAUACACCUUGCAGAGGCUACUGAGAUUUUUGUUAAAAAAUUUUUAAAAAAAUAAUGAAAAAAAAAAUUUUGACACUUUUUUGCGAGUUUUGCCAUGAAAACUUUUUUGCCUAUUUCUGUCGUAGAGGGUAAUAUUUCCACAAAAAAUCAAUUUUUUUCCGAGCAAAACUGGCCAAAAUAUGGACAAGAAAGUUUUUUUCUUGUGACCGCUCUCCGCAUUUCGCGUACUGUCUCGGCUGCAAAGAUUGUUGAAUAUCUCGGAUUCGCCUGCAAAGCGCAGGCUAAAAGCUCGUAGGAAUUAUUAUGUUGCUUAUUUCCGUAGUGUGUGCAAGAUUUUUAAAAAAUCGAGCGUCGUUCUUAAGGCACUUCCCUUUGUAAAAUGACUUCUAUUUACACACACUGCUUUCAACAUAUAAUAAAAUUUUUGUAGGUCGGAUCAGACUCCGAUCUUCAUGACCUCCGAGACUUUUACUUUGGCUCAAUGCAGAAAAUCUACAACCUGGACUACGGUAUGUUGGGGCUAGCGCCCAAACGGAGUCCCGCCAGUUAUUCCUACUUUUUUGACGAACUGAAACGCCAUUUACCCGAGUCGGUUUUCUCGAUUCAUUUGCGGAGUUGUCAGAGUAAUUACUGCAGCAUCGGCGGAGUUAUAAAAUUCGGAGGAAUCGACACGAAUAAUUGUGAAAAUGACGUCAUUUGGGCUGAGAAUUUGAGUGAGAAACAUUGGACUUUCAAAGUGGAGGAGAUGAAGGUUGGAGAGGAGGUGCUGGAAAGAGAUUUUGAGGUGGGCUGUAAAUCUGCAUCGUAGAUUUUUUGGGGCGUAGGGCUUGUGAAUACCCAAUAAAGGGUUGUGGGAAGUGCCUACGAGGCCUGGCAAAGCUGUUGGAUGGUCGACGAGGGGUUGGUGGAGACUUGGCGAAGGCUUGCAAUAUAUCCGGAAGUGCCUACGAGGCCUGGCAAAACCGCUGGACGCUCGGCGAAUGUCUGGUGAAGGCUUGCAAUGUAUCCGUUUUUUUUUCUAAUUUUUUCUAUUUGUAACAUUAGGCUUCAUUGCCCUGAGUUACUGUCAGAGAUUGCCACGGUCAAAAUUUUGGCUCCGGCUCCGGCUCUUAGCUCCCAGAGCCGGAGCCGAGGCCAAAUUUGAAGCUCCGGCUCCGGCUCUUGGCUCCGUGCAAAAUUUAAAAAGGCCUCCGGCUCCGAAUCCCGGCUCCUACGCAAAACGUUUUUUAAAAAUAUUUUUCCAAAAAUAAAAGUUAUUAGUGCCAGAGAUCAUACAGCCAACGUUUUUGCAGUCAAGUCACAUCCUCCGCAGUGUUUCUCAAGAAUUUUGGUUUAACAAGAUCACGAAAUUUUUACUUUUCUGACCGCUGGGAAGCCUGGCUCCGACUUUGGGCUCGGGAGCCGGAGCCGACCCCAAAAUUUCCGGCCCCGGCUCUGGCUCCCGGCUCGGAGCCGGAGCCGCUCCUCCAAGAGCCGGCUCCGGAGCCGUGGCAAUCUCUGGUUACUGUAAACUACAUUAAAAGAUUUAAAGGCCAAAAAACUUAAACAAAGAUCCGAUCCGUAACUUUAGUACAUGAAAAAUACCUCAGAAUAGGUGAUAAGCUAUCCUAGGACUUGAUCAACCUUAUUAUUUCUACUAACUGGGCUUUCUCCAAGCCUGCCUUUGAUGACAUAAUCCGCUAAAAAUACUUUUUUGCAUAUUUAGACCCCAAAUCUUUUACUUUCUCUAUGUGGGCGUCACAUAUCAUAAUAUUUUCAGGCGAUUACCGACUCUGGUCAUUCCUACACCCAAUUACAUCCAAAGGCCUUCAAAUCUCUUCUAAAAGCCGCGAACAUCACCAAAAACACGUCAAAAGGACCAACAACCUACACCAUUCCAUGUCACAACUCGUUCAAUCUUACUGUAGCCAUAAACGGCAAGGCUUUGGACAUCCCUAGCCACGUGUUUAUUAAGAAAAGUAACGGCGAAAACUGUGAGCUGACAAUUAUGGAGGGCUCGAAGACGGUGAUGGGACAAGCAUUCCUCCGAGCCGUCUGUAGUCAUCAUGAUUACGAUGGAAAUAGAAUUGGACUCUCCAUGGUCAAGGGGACUCAUUCUUGGCGGGGAAUGUAA